GUGCGAGUCCACGUACCACUUCCAGUGUCUCGCGUCCGGCUACUGCAUCUCGGAGCGGCUCCGGUGCGACGGCGUCAAGAACUGCGGCUCCCAGGACAACAGCGACGAAAUGCACUGCACCAUCCUGGUUCCCGACGAGGAUCACGGCGCUCUAAUAAUAUCCUGCAUAGCCGCCGCCUUGUGCCUAAUCUGUCUCCUCUGCACUCUCUGUCAUCGAAAAAGAAAACGCAGACAUCACAGACAGCUGGGGCUGCAUAGGAACGCCGCCCACUACGACUCGACGACCAGCGCGACCGGCAUCAGCUUGGGUUCCAGCCGACGCCACCUGCAGGGCGGUGGCAGCCUCUCGGGCAGCCUGCACGGCAUCAAUAACGAACCGAUGCAGAUCCCGCCGGCGCCGCUGCCCCCCGUCAGCGUGCCGCCGCACGUCUGCAUCAACGACACCCUGCUCGACACGGACGACCUGGACAACGACCUGUUCGUGAACGGUUGCGACCGCUUCGACGACAACGGCGAGUGUGUAUAGCGGUGAGAGAAACCAGCGAAGCGUCGCCGCCACCGUCUGCUUUACCGACAGUGCAGCAUCUGUCACUUUUGUCAGCACUUUUACCGCGGUCGGUACUGCUGCUCGUUCUACUACUACUACCCGUACGACUACUGCUCCAAGAUGAUGGCGCUGCUGUGCCUGGGCAACGUGCCGGUUGGCAACCGGCGGCACGUCAACAGCAACAAUGGCGGCGGCGGUCGCGGUAGUAGUGGUGGUGGUGAUGGUGGUGCUGUCAGAUUCAACCACCCGUCGCGCGCUCACAGUUGCGACUUUGACGAGUACUACUACUACAUUCAACAACAACAACAGGCACGACAACAACAACAACAACAUCCGGCUACGGCAGCCACGGUUGACACUUUGAAGGUUAUUUAUUAUUAGGGCAUAAACAAUGCGCGACGACUGGCAACAAGAAGGUAAACAAACAGCAAACCAAUACUCUCUUUGUAAACGACUUCUUCUUCACUUUUGUUCUUAUCCAAGGAAAGAAAAUGGCAACAAGGCAUUAACAAUAAUUAAACAAGGAUAAACAAAAACUAACAUUAGAUAAAUUAAAUAUUUUAAUUAAUGAAAAACAAGGUAAAGUAAAAUUUUUUAUCCAACACUAUGAAUUAACAACACUGUCGAGAGCAAGUAAUUCAUACCAAGAGGACAAAUGAAACGAUAAAUGGAUAUUGCAAGUAUAGUAAAAAAAGAAGUAAAAACAAAGAUUUCACAACCAAUCGCAAUACAUUAUAUUUUAGUUUAGGUUUUCCAAAAUGCAGGAAGGAAACAAAAAAUCUGUAACUGUAACAUAGUUAUUAACGGCAAUUAACAAAAAAAAAACAUGCAAAGAGCAUUCACGAGAGGCGAGGUAAAAUUGUUUUAUUUGUAAAGUUCAUUUUAUAUGAAACCCCCUUUUUAAUAAAAAAAAAUAUUGAAAAAACGUAGAAAUAAUGGCAAAAACGACACAUCCAAAAAACAAGAAAAUCGUGAACGAAUAACCAAAUUAACAAACAAAAAAAACUAGGAAAUAUUUCAAUUCAACUACACUGACACAUACUCCAAAUACACGGAAACACACUUACACGCAUAGCCACAGGACAUUGAUGUUAGAGAGAGAACAGAGCGCAAAGAUGACGAGAGAACAAUGUCGUAGAUACAAACACACACAAAACACAAAUAAUUUGUAACAUAAACAAAAAGGUAAAAAGGAAAGUUGUUUUUUAUAUAUUUGUACGACAUAGUGUUAUUAGACAUUGAUAAACAAAAAGUAAA